AUGGUUUUAAAGGAAGUUAAUGACAGAGUCAAACUUUUUAUUAGUUAUAAUUAUGUUUACAUAUCAGGUUUACAAAAACGCUGUAUAAAGUGUCGGUCACGUGGCGAGUUGGGUUCAUGCGGGGAUCCAUUCCCUACCAAUGUGACCGAGUCAGAGGACCAGGUGGGAAUACAUGUUGUAGCAUGUCCAUCAGGCUGGUGCGGCAAAAUGAUUGAAGGCACCACAGGUGCUUUCAGAACUGAUGAUUACGGAGCUGCUACUCAAAGGAUGUGUCUACAACGCUCACCCAGUGAUGAUGAGGAGCGUUGUGCAUAUACUAUGUGGAAUCAUAAGAAAGUGUAUAUGUGUUUCUGUACUGGAGACCUUUGUAAUUCUGCUGUAAGAUCGCAAUUAGUUCUACCAAUUUUAUUGUUAAGUGGUUUAUCUAUAUUGUAUAAUUAUUACCAAACUUAA